AAGUCAAAAAUGCCUCUAAAUAAAGAACCUUUCUGAUCAGAGGAUGUAGGAUAUGUUAUUCUUAUUAAUUAUUUGAUUUGAUUCAUGUUGUAGCUUUAUCUUUUAAUAGACCACAUUUUCAGGCGUUAUAAAUUUAGCCACAAGCUGGGUGAAGGAGGAUUUGGCUUGGAGGAUUUUGUACGCAGCGACUCGGUGCAAGGAUGGACUUGAGGUUUACAUUUUUUGUCAUCUACAAAACAUUGUUCAGGAUUCAUGAUUGGCAUGACCUCUGGCAUGACCUCUUGGCAUGACCUCAUGCUAAAUGUUAAUUCUUUGUUUUGUUGAUCAGGUUUCUGUGAAAUAUUCAGUGAAGACGCUAAACAUGCCGCACAUCAAAGUGCCUGGUCAAUCCAAACAUCUCCCCUUGGAGAUCGGCCUGACACUGAUGGCUAAUAAAGGCCCCAAGUGUUCCUCACAUAAUUAAACUUCUGGACUGGCAGGGCGACACAGACCACUAUAUCAUGGUCAUGGAGUGGCCCUCUCCUUGCACGGACCUGCUGAGUUUCAUGGACGUCCAAGGAGGAAGCCUCGACGAGAAGACAGCACGACAUGUUAUGCGGCAGGUCAUUCAAACCGCUAACAUCUGCUGUGAGCGCGGCGUCUUCCACCGGGACGUCAAACCGGAGAACCUGCUGGUGAACCCAGACACCAUGGAGGUCAAACUGAUUGACUUCGGGUGUGGGGAAAUGGUUUGCGGGGUUUUUCCCACAGCCCAAGACCUGUACACCAUCAGUGCCAACAUCUGGACCAGUCCGGGCUUGUCAGAAGAAUGCUGCGACAUGAUUUGUGCUUAUCUGCAGCCUAAACCACAGAAGAGGCUCGCUCUGAAGAAGAUGCAUCUCCAUGACUGAUUUAAGGUCAUGGAGUAAGACGGAGAACAUCAGCACACAUCUCCAGUCAUGGCCAUCCUGUUGUUCUCGGUCCUCAGUCAGUUUUGCAUCUGAUGGCUGACAUGAGUGACCUGUCCAUCCCUCCACUCAGGCCUCAGUGUCUUGCGGGGCCAGCAAGUCCUGCUAGCGUCUAGAGCCUUGAAGCAGCAAUAUUAGUGUCUAGUGGUAUUGAAAGUCAAAUUGCAAUACCGUCAGAUGCACCUACAGCAAAAUGUCUUAUAAAUGUUCUCACAAAAUGACUAAUAAAUUAAGUCAUUUUGUAAGAAAAUUUAUGACAUUAAGAAAAUUCAUGACAUUUUCUAUGAAAAUGUUUAAGAAAAUUUGCAAGAAAAUGUAUGACAUUUUGUAAGAAAAUGUGACUUAAAAAAAAAUGUUUUAAAGAAAAUUUGUAAGAAAAUGUAUAUUUUGUGAGAACAUUUAUAAGAAAGUUUAUUAAGAAAAUCUAUAAUAAAUGUAUAUUUAUAUUGAA